AUGGAAGUAAUUUCAAUUCCAAGCACAUCACUAUUUGUGUGUUCAUCAAGACUCUUCAUCACCAACUCAUUUAUAGAACGUGUCUUGAACAAUCCAAACAGUGAUGAUCAAACUAAAGAGUUGGUAAAACCUUUACUAGGAGUAUAUGAUUCUUCACUUCCAAAUCUCUUGGAGAAAUAUUUAAGUAUUUUAGUUUAUGAUCCAUAUUCAUAUUAUUUUUGUCAAACAGCUGAAUCAUCGUUGAUUGUUUCGAAUGCUAUGGAUAAAGCUAACCUUCAGUAUCCAGGUUGCUAUGAAUCAGAGUCAUUCAGAAAGGAGGUUUUGGAGGAAAUCAAAUUCCCAACUAAUUUGUCAUUCAAAGAGUUGAAGCAGUAUAUCAUGAGUUCUAAAUCUCCAAUGAUGUCUUGGACCAUGUUAAACUCCAAAGGUUUAAUCAUCCACAUGCUCCUAAGAACCAAGUAUAUCGAUGAUUUCGUUCAAGAGAAAAUCAACGAAGGCUACGAACAAUUUGUUAUCCUUGGUGCCGGUUUCGAUACCAGAGGAUAUCGUAUGCCUUUCAAAUCUGGAACAACCGUUUGGGAAGUAGAUUUCCCAGAGGUGUUGAACUACAAACGUUAUGUUAUCGAGGGUGUCAAAGAUGUUCCAAAAGUAUCACAGGCCGACAACGUUUAUAUUAUCAGCGAUCUACUGGCAACCAAAGACUGGACAGAGCAAUUGGAGGCAACUGGAUUCAAUCGUAACAAAAAGACUAUUUGGAUCAUGGAAGGACUUCUCCCAUACAUUGAAAGAAGUGGUGUAUCUUCAGUUUUGAAGACCAUAAACUCACUUUCCACUAGCGGAUCCGGUGUUUGCUUUGAAAAUAUUCUAGCGGAUGAAUCCAAAUACGACAAACACAAUCCAAUUGUAAUCUUUAUGUACUCGACAAUGAGAUCGCAUACCCAUCUUCCAUUUGAAUUCAUACCAGAACUUGGAUUCACAAAAGAUGUUAAGGUUCUCUAUGAGAAUCAAACUCAAAAACAUUUUAAGAUCUCCGACGAGGAAGACGAUUGUCAUGUUAGAUCCUAUUUGACUAUUGCUUACAAAUAA